GAGUGUAACCUGAUUAACAGUCGGCGGCACGACUCUACAGUCAUGUCAGCGAAGGUCUGUAACAGGCAGCUGACGAGCAUCAUGAAGGUGAAGGUGGAGAUGGGAAUCAGACAGAGCACGAUGGAGCGCUGACAUCACCGAGCAUCCCUGUGACUGAGUUCUUUUGGGGGUUCGUUCACAAUGAGAGACCGUCUGGUGGAGUUGCAGCAGACGGCGCGAGAGUUUUCUGAGGCAGCGAGUCAGAACACCUUCUUGGGAGAGGAUGACGAUGAGUUUGUUGUGCUUGGGAUCAUAACGCCAGAGGCCGUGCUGUUUGAGGACGAGCCCGUCAUCGAGAACAUACUGUCUGAGACUCAGCCAAUCAGAGACGACAUCACGUCGCUGGAGACGGACGUCCUCAAGUUCACCCAGCAGCAGAAGACCCUGAUCGCAACCAUGCGCCGCUUCAGCGCCAUGAAGAAAGAGAGCAGCAUAACGCGGGACAUCAAGCUCCGGGCUGAAAGCAUCCACCGGCGUUUAGGCGCUCUCUCAAAGCAGAUCCAAAAAAACGAGGAGCAACACGGCCCGACAGCUGCUCCAACAAGAAUACAGCGCUCCCAGCAUGCAUCGCUGAGCCGCAAUCUCAAGAAGGUAAUGCGACAGUACAACGACGGCCUGCUGGCCAAGCAGGAGCGCUGCAGACACUUCAUCAUCCGGCAGCUGGAGGUAUCGGGGAAGGACGUGACGAAGGAGGAAGCGGACGAGAUGUUCGUCACGGGGAAAUGGGAGGUGUUCAACGAGAACCUGCUGAACGACGCCAGGAUGACCCGGUCGCAGCUCUCGGAGAUCGAGCAGCGGCACAGGGAGAUGCUGAACCUGGAGAACAGCCUGAAGGAGCUCCGCGACCUCUUCACGGACAUCUUCCUGCUGCUGGAGGAGCAGGGCACCUACAUCGAGCACAUCCAAACCAACGUGGAGAGAACCCAGGACUUCGUGGCCAAGGCCAACGAGAAAUUCAAGAUGGCCGCCAGGUACAGGAAGAAGAACCCCAUUCGCCAGCUGUGCUGCUGCUGCUGCCCUCCCUGGAAGCUGUGCACUUGACACACGCCCACGGGACCAGACUGGAAUCUGGCAGCGGUUACGUUUAAGGCCGCGGAGCUGAGGACGGCGUCGGCGGAGCGUUGGAAGCAACCGGGGGGCCAUGAUUGGUCUUUGAGGCGCCCGUUUCCUUCACGCGGAUGUGAAGCAACCGCUAUCGGAGGCGACAGCUCAGCGAGCGCUUCUCGGCAACUCUGCUGCUUAUUGGAGACCUUCGCUGUCAGCUGACAGAGGUCACAAACAAGGGAGAGACCACUGACCCCCCCCCCCCCCCCCC